AUGAUCCUCAACAAUGCCCGGGACCUGAACGAUCUUCGGGUGCCGCCGGGCAAUCGAUUGGAGGCCCUCGCCGGCGAUCGGAAGGGCAAGUACAGUGGAAUUGGUGGACUACCACUAAGGGAUGGAGAGGUAAUCACAAUGCCGGGCUCGCACGAUACACGUAAAGCCAAGCUCCCUCCCAUUCAUCCGGGGGAGAUACUCAACGAAGAAUUUCUUCGACCCCUGGGCAUAACGCAGUACCGUCUCGCCAAGGCGAUCGGCGUUGACGUGCGUCGGAUUCAUGCCAUCGUGCACGGCCAGCGCGCCAUUACGGCCGAGACCGCGCUGUUGUUGUCCCGCUUCUUUCAAAACUCCGGCGGAAUUCUGGAUGGGGCUGCAAAGCCAGUAUGA